GCGGGGUUCACUGCGCCUGCGCCCGGAGUUGCAAGAUGGCGGACAGUGCGGAACUAAAGCAAAUGGUUAUGAGCCUUCGAGUUUCUGAGCUGCAAGUACUUCUGGGUUACGCGGGGAGGAACAAGCACGGCCGAAAACACGAACUCCUGACAAAAGCACUGCAUUUGCUAAAGGCUGGCUGCAGUCCUGCUGUGCAAAUGAAAAUCAAAGAACUCUAUAGGAGAAGGUUCCCUCAGAAAAUCAUGACACCUGCAGACUUAUCAAUCCCCAGUGUACACUCGAGCUCCAUGCCAGCAGCUUUGUCUCCGUCAACCAUUCCACAGCUCGGGUAUGAUGGCCACCCUGCCACCUCACCAUUGCUUCCCGUUUCUCUUCUGGGACCUAAACAUGAACUGGAACUCCCCCAUCUCACAUCUGCUCUCCACCCUGUCCAUCCUGACAUAAAACUUCAGAAAUUACCUUUUUAUGACUUGUUGGAUGAGCUGAUAAAACCAACCAGCUUAGCAUCAGAUAACAGUCAGCGAUUUCGAGAAACCUGCUUUGCAUUUGCACUGACACCACAGCAAGUGCAGCAGAUCAGCAGCUCAAUGGAUAUUUCUGGGACCAAAUGUGACUUCACAGUACAGGUCCAGCUAAGGUUUUGUUUAUCAGAAACCAGUUGUCCACAAGAAGAUCACUUCCCACCCAAUCUGUGUGUGAAAGUAAAUGGGAAACCAUGCAGCCUUCCAGGCUAUCUUCCACCAACCAAAAAUGGUGUUGAACCAAAGCGACCCAGCCGACCAAUCAACAUUACCUCACUUGUCAGGUUAUCCACGACGGUACCAAACACAAUCGUUGUUUCCUGGACUGCAGAAAUUGGAAGAAACUAUUCCAUGGCAGUCUACCUGGUGAAGCAGCUUUCCUCCACUGUCUUACUGCAGAGGUUGCGAGCGAAAGGAAUCCGGAACCCAGAUCAUUCUAGAGCACUGAUUAAAGAGAAGCUGACGGCCGACCCAGACAGUGAAAUAGCUACCACAAGCUUAAGAGUCUCUCUCCUUUGUCCACUGGGUAAAAUGCGUCUGACCAUCCCCUGUCGGGCCCUGACUUGUUCACACCUCCAGUGUUUUGAUGCCACUCUUUACAUCCAAAUGAAUGAAAAGAAACCAACUUGGGUUUGUCCUGUCUGUGACAAGAAGGCUCCCUAUGAGCAUCUCAUUAUUGAUGGGUAA